AUGAGUGCCUUUCCGCGAAACUCGAUUCGCAGCUUCCUUGUCCACGCGAAGAGCGCUCUGCGCACUGCCAUCGCCAACCGCGAGCGUGUCACCUUCGUUAUCGGCAAUGAAUCGGCUGACCUCGACUCUUUGACCUGCUCGCUUCUCUUUGCCUACGUCCGCAGCCAGCGCCCUCCGCCGAAUGCCUUCACACCGCUCUAUAUUCCCGUGGUCAACAUCCCCGCCGCCGACAUCCAGAUCCGACCCGAGUUUCUUGACCUCCUCCCCCACGCCAACCUGCAGCCGCAGCACCUCAUAACGCUCGACGACCUUCCCCCUUUGGACUCGAUCGGAAAGACGCUGCUGCCGGAAAACACAAAGUGGAUUCUGGUUGAUCACAACGCGCUGCAGGGGAUUCUGGGACAGGUGUACGCCGGGCGGGUCGGCGGUGUUAUAGAUCAUCAUGAGGAUGAGCACAAGGUCCCCGAGAGUACCGGUGACGAGCCCCGAGUGAUCUCGAAAGCGGGCAGCUGUUCAAGCCUGGUAACGGAGUUCCUCCGCCCCACGUGGGACGCCUUAUCCUCCGCAGCCGUGUCCUCCGGGGCCGCCCAUGGGCAAGCCGACGAGGCUGCCAACGAUGCGGCCCAGGUCCGGCUGUGGGACGCCCAGGCCGCGCAGCUUGCGUUGGCCAGCAUCCUGAUAGACACCACGAAUCUGACGUCCAAGGACAAAACCACCGAGCAUGACGUGGCCGCGUCCGGGUACUUGGGAGCCAGAGUCAUGUUGUGUGACAGGACAAACCCGGGAUUCAAUAGGGACAAAUUCUACGAUGAGAUCAACCGCGCGAAGCAGGACAUCGGCCGAUUGGCGCUAAAUGACAUCCUGCGUAAGGACUACAAGCAGUGGAACGAAGGCGGGGUCAAGCUCGGCAUUAGCUCUGUCGUCAAGCCGCUCGACUUCCUGCAAGACAAGGCCAAACAGGAAAAGCACGGCAGCCUGUCGUUUUGCGACGCCAUCGGAGAAUUCGCCAAGCAGAGGGAGCUGGAGAUGUAUGCCAUCAUGACCGCAUAUCCCAAUGACAACGGCGAGUUCUGCAGGCAGCUGCUGCUCUGGGGUCUGUCAGAUCGCGCGGCGGCGCAGGCUCGGUCGUUUGCCGAAUCUGCAGCUAAAGAGCUGGAGCUGCAAGAGCUGGAGGGCGAUUUCCAUGUCUCCGGCCACGAUCCUGGGUGGAAAAAAGUGUGGCGGCAGCAGAACAUUGCCGCCAGCCGCAAGCAGGUCGCGCCGUUGCUAAGGGAAAAGAUGAGGUGA